AGAGAGGAGCAUCAGAGAGUGAAAGAAACAGUGAUGAGGAUGGAGGGAGAAAAUAGAGAUUCACAACACUCGCGACUGAUCAGUUUGAAGCCGCACCGCGUGAAUGCAGGCUGAUCAUGAAUAUAAAACACAUCAGAUCCGUCAUAUAAUGGGGAUCGAGGACGCGAGCAUGAGGAACGGGCGGGCUCUGUCCGAUCAGUGGGCCGACAGCGUGGUGGUCCGGCCCCGGACGACCGAGCAGCACAUCACGGUGAAUAAGAGACUUGUGCUGGGCUUCGCCAUCUCCAUCCUCACCCUCAUCAUCGUCACGGCCAUCGCCAUCACGCUCAGCGUCAGCUUCGAGAGAUGCGCCGCGGAGAGCAGCGGGGAUCUGGCCGCGAACGGCUCCAGCAACAGUAAGUGGAAACAGUCCCAGAACGCUAACAUCAGUCACAGAGACUCAGAGGACGGCCAGCAGCCCUGGAGACACCUGCGCUUACCGGCCACCCUGCGCCCGCGCCACUACGACCUGCGCCUGUCCGUGUACAUGGAGAACUUCACCUUCUCCGGCGAGGUGCACAUUGAGUUUGAGUGCGUCCACUCCACGAAGCUGAUCGUGCUGCACACGGACCGGCUGGAGGUGGACAAGGUGCUGGUGUACUCGGACAGCAAGAAAGCGGGCGUCAUGAGGAUCCAGCGCCGCUUCCACUACCAGCCCAAGCAGGUGUAUGUGAUCGCGCUGCACAGAGAGAUGAAGCCCCUCAGAACAUACAAGAUCAACAUCACUUUCCACGCGCACAUCGAGCACGAGCUCCUGGGCUUCUUCCGCAGCUCCUAUGUGCUGAAUGGAGAAAGAAGGUUUCUCGCGGUGACUCAGUUCUCACCGACUCACGCUAGAAAGGCCUUCCCGUGUUUCGAUGAGCCCAUCUAUAAAGCCACAUUCAGAGUGAGUCUGAAACACGAGAGCUCAUAUCAGUCGCUGUCUAACAUGCCAGUGGAGGCCUCGAUGUCUGACGAGGACGGAUGGGUGACCAACCAUUUCUCCAGGACGCCCCGCAUGUCCACGUACUACCUGGCCUGGGCCGUGUGCAACUUCACCUACAGAGAAGCAGUUACAGAGAGUGGAGUUGUGAUUCGGCUGUACGCCAGACCUGACGCCAUCCAGAGCGGAUCGGGGGACUAUGCUCUGCACAUCACCAAGAGACUCCUGCAGUUUUACCAGGAUUACUUCAAAGUCAAAUAUUCCCUCCCUAAAUUAGAUCUCCUGGCAGUGCCGAAGCAUCCGUAUGCAGCCAUGGAGAACUGGGGCCUGAGUGUGUUUGUGGAGCAGAAGAUCUUGUUGGAUCCUGACGUCUCCUCCUUCUCCUAUCAGAUGGAGCUCACCAUGGUGGUGGUGCACGAGAUCUGCCAUCAGUGGUUUGGGGAUCUAGUCACACCAGUUUGGUGGGAGGAUGUUUGGCUGAAGGAGGGAUUCGCUCAUUAUUUCGAGUACAUCGGGACUGAUUUCCUCUUUCCAAAGUGGAACAUGGAGAAGCAGAGGUUUCUGACUGAUGUUCUUCAUGAGGUGAUGUUACUGGACGGUUUGGCCAGUUCUCAUCCGAUCUCUCAGGAAGUGUUUCAAGCCACAGACAUCGACAGAGUGUUUGACUGGAUCGCGUAUAAGAAGGGAGCCGCUCUGAUCCGAAUGCUGGCUAACGUCAUGGGACAGCCGCUAUUCCAGAGAGGCCUCAAUGAUUACUUGAUGACGCACAUGUACGGGAACGCAGCGAGAGACGACUUGUGGAACAAAUUCUCAGAGGCCAUGCAGCGGGAGGGAAAGGACAUCAACAUCACACAGGUCAUGGACCGCUGGACGCUGCAGAUGGGUUACCCUGUCGUCACCAUCAGCAAGAACGACAGUCUUGACAACAGUGUCACCAUCUCACAAGAGCACUUCGUCUAUGACACCGACGCCAAGAUCCAGAAUCCUGAGCUGUUCAACAAAAGCUUCCAGUGGCAAAUACCGCUGACGCUCGCAGUGGGAAACUCCAGUCACAUAUCAACAGAGACCAUCAUCUGGGUCUCCAAUAAAAAACAGACGCACAGAGUGGGUCACAUGGGCGGCGAGACGUGGUUGCUGGGCAACAUCAAUCAAACGGGCUACUUCAGAGUGAACUACGACCUUCACAACUGGAGACUUCUCAUUCAGCAGCUGAUGACCAACUCAACGAUCAUCUCUGUGGGCAACAGGGCCGGUCUGAUUGAUGACGUCUUCAACCUGGCGAGAGCAGGGUAUUUGCCCCAAAACGUCCCCCUGCAGAUGAUCUCAUAUUUGUCUCAGGAGACUGAGUUUCUGCCGUGGCACGCUGCUAGUCGAGCUCUUUACCAGCUGGACAAACUCCUGGACCGCACUGAAGACCACAGCCUGUUCAGCGACUACGUUCUAAGACUGGUGGAACCAAAGUAUCACAAGUUGGGCUGGCCAGCCACUUCCCCUCAGGGCUCCUUCAUGCAGGCGGCUUAUCAGACCGAAGAGCUACAGAGAGAGGUAAUGAUGCUGGCCUGCAGUUUUGGAAACAAACACUGUCACCGGCAGGCUGUGUCUCUCAUUUCAGACUGGAUUUCCAGCAACAAGAACAGGAUUCCACCCAACGUGCGGGACAUUGUGUACUGCACAGGUGUUUCUCUGAUGGAUGAGGACGUGUGGGAGUUUAUCUGGAUGAAGUUUCACUCCUCUACAGCCAUCUCUGAGAAGAAGGUUCUUCUGGAGGCCUUGACCUGCAGUGACAACAUCUUCCUGCUCAACAGGCUCCUGAAUCUGUCCCUCACCUCUGACCUGGUGCCGGAUCAGGACGUGAUCGAUGUCAUCAUACAUGUGGGCCGCAAUCCACUUGGAAGACAUUUAGCUUGGAGAUAUUUCUGCGAGAAGUGGGACAUAUUGAAUUCCAGGUAUGGAGAGGCCUUAUUUAUGAACUCAAAAUUAAUCAGCGGUGUGACAGAGUUUCUCAACACUGAGGCCGAGUUGAAUGAGCUGAAAGAGUUCAUCCUGACCAAUGGGGGAGAGUCAGCACCUGCGUUCGCUCGAGCCGUUGAGAUUGUUCAAGCGAAUGUAAAAUGGCACAUCCUGUUCCAGCAACAGUUUUACCGGUGGCUGCGGAAAGCUCUCGAUGGUUAGCCUCUAUUAGCAUGGAAACCCUAUCAGAAAUUUGCAGGCCAGAGAUGUGAGGACACUUAGAUGAAAUUAAAAAUAAAACAUUUAUGGACUCAGAGAAACAGCAAAAUUUAACUAUUCCCCUGCUGUUUAUGAAACUACCAGGCACUGACAGACCAAGAUGAAUUUGCAGAGAACAGCGCCGCCCUCCUGGCCAGCACAGUCACUGCACAAUAGACAACACAAGGUGGAGGAAAAGGACCACUUGGAGAAAAUCAAUUGAAGAAAUUGCAUCACGUAAUAUAGUAACUGAUGGAAUGAAAUUUGCACUUUUGAUUUAACAGGAACCAGUUGAGUUUCAUUUUACACUAGAACAUACAUGUGGAUUGGCUUGAUUAGACUGCUAAAUGUUUUUUAAUGUGAUUUGAUCCUCUUUUUAUCCAAAUUUUAUUCAUAAUAUGAAAUGUAAAUUAUUUUUAAAACCUAAUCUUGACAAGUUGUUUUUGAAAAUUUACGUCUUUCCCUGAUUCAGUCAAAUUUAGGAGCUGUACAUGUAUGUUUAUUAACUACAAAAGAAAAUGUCUAUGAAGGGACUUUGUCUACACUGAAUGCAUACCCUCCCCAAAGACUGCUGCUGUUCUCAAAUGGAACAGAAAUGCUUUUCAAAGUUUAAAUGUCAGUGAUUAGCUGCUAUUUGCUUUCCUUGCACAAUCACACCAUUUUAUUGAUUUAUAUUUUGUAUAAUAUCAAAUGAGGCCAUAUCUACCUUCAUUAAUCAGUUAAAUUAAAGGUAACUGCAGGUCAUGAGAGAAUCCAGAACAGACCAUUGUCAUUUGUCUGUUAUCAUGGACAAACAUGCAGGCUUGUCUGAUUAUGGGUCGAUGCUAAUUAAGGAAUCCUUAAAGGUGCCUAUCUCUGUUGUCUUGGGUCAGUAGUGGAUUGAAGAUGGAGAUUCUAUAAUACUGACACAUAUUAAUUAUACAUCCUGAAGGGUAUGCAUAUACAUGUAUGCUGGUUUAUUUGUAUAUAUUUAUACAAAGUUAAAUAACAUAUGGGUCAUUGAUGUGGCCUUUUUUUUAAGUUUUUUUUUUUUUUUUAUUAAAGGGAUAGUUCAUCCAAAAAUCAUCAUUUACUCACCCUUAUGUAGUCCCAUAUGCCUUUUAUCUUUGGAAUUUAACAUUUUUUUUUAUAUUUUCUAAUGAUUUUUGCCUUCUAAAGACGUAUGAUUGCUUUAUAUGAUAAACAGAUUAAUUUAAGCUUUUAUUUCAAUUUAACCAUUGAUCAACACAAAUAAACCUCAGUAGAAGCUCAACACAGAAACUCAACCGUGUGCUUGACGUGCAAGAACAAACCUCACUGGAUUUCAUCCAUCAAGAAAGCAAAUGAUGAAAUUUUUAUUUUUGGAUGAACUAUCCCUUAAAGUUAUUUAAAAGUACUGUAUGCUGAUGCAGUUUAUAUAGACAAUGACUUAAAAAGGCUGAAUUUCUGUGAUGACAAUGUUGAAUGAAUUUUUAUAUUCUUUUGUGAAUAUUAAAAUAAAACAUGUCAGGGUGGUGUAACCAUUAAAAGACUUAUUUUAUUUUCAAAUAUUUGACAUGAUUAUGUAUAAUUAUUUCUUAAAAAUUAUAUAAUUAUAUAGUAUAAUUAUUUAUUCUUACUUUUUCUAAAGAAGCCAAUAUUAAUACUUGAAAAACAUUUGUUCACCAAAUCCAAAUCACUGUGGUAUAACCAGCAUAAAGCAUUUUAGUCAAAUUUUACCUUUUUAUAAUGUGGCAAAGGUUGUCAGAUGUCAAAUUGUAUAACCUGAAAUUAUUUGGAAUUAAUGAUGAUGUCCAUAUUCCAUUUAUUUACUUAAUUUGAUAACAUUUAUGUAUAUGUAUUAAUCAUUUUUAUUACCUGGUGGUUACACCACUUGACGUUUUUAUUAAAUAUAUGUUUACAUAGACCCUUAUAAUCGGCCCUUAUAUUAUUUCUACUCUUGUGCGGACACAUACUUAUUACAAAGUAGUUUUCACCAUUUACAUUUUGUAGAUAUGUUGACCUUCAUCUUCUCAAGUUAAUUUGUGUCUGUUUAUUUGUUUAGUGUACAUUGCAGGCAUAAAAUGUAAAAAUGAAGAGCUUAAAAAUAUAUCAGUUAUCAGUGCCUUUUCUACCUCACUAUCCUUUUCUAAUUAAAAAGACUGGCAGUGCCUUAAAUAAACAUGUCGUAAACAUUCCCAUGA